AUGGCGAGAUCUCCCAAGAAAGGCACGCAGUCACUGCCCUCAGAAGGACCCUGGAAGGUUGACCAUCCAUUUGGUCCACCUCCAAUCCAACGCUCUGUCUCCGGAGGCAUCCAACGACUCCGAAAUACCCUCUCCAAAAUAUCACCCUCUGCCCUCGCAGAGAAAGAACUCCUCCGAAAAAAGAACCAAUACAAAAUCCCUCUGACCGAGCGAAACGUCGACACGCUCGUCACAGAACAAGAAUGCAACGAAGCCUGCAAACCCAGUCUGAACUCGCCCGAAAUCCAAGUCACCGAAUGGCUCCAGCGGGUAUCAUGA